UCCGAGUAGAAAAAGGGGAUUUUUUUUCCUUCUUUCUAUAAGGAACUAAAUAUUCUCUUUGCUGAUUUGUUGAAUGAUUAACUUCUUCAUCAAUUUGCUCUCAAAUUUCAUCGAGGGGAGUUGAGGCAAGGACAUUCAGAGCUUGGGUUAGCCAGUCUAUGGAGACAUGAUUUAUCUAAGCAUUUUCUUAUUUUUGAUGCUUUACGGAAGAGGUUUGGCUCAGGAUCAAACAUAUGUCAUUUCCGCCCCUAAGUUUAUCCGUGUUGGAGCCUCUGAGCAAGUAGUAAUUCAAGCUUAUGGAUACACCCAAGAAUUCCAGGUCACAAUCUCGAUCAAAAGCUACCCGGAUAAAACAAUUACAUAUGCCUUCGGCACCAUCCCAAUGACUCCAGCCAACCGCUUCCAAGGCUCGGUCACCUUAACGGUUCAGCCGAAGGACUUAAGGACCGAUGAUCCCCAGAAACGAGUGGAGUCUGUAUAUCUGGAAGCAACGUCGCCCCAUUUUACGAGGCAGAAGAAAAUGCUGCUGAUGUACGACAACGGCUUUUUAUUUGUUCAGACGGACAAGCCUGUUUACACUCCAGAUCAAUCCGUGAAGGUCCGAGUCUACUCACUGAAUGAAGAACUGAGGCCAGCUCGGCGUGCGGCUGUCUUAACUUUUGUGGAUCCAGAUGGAGUAGAAGUGGACAUCAUACGUCAAGAAGAUGCUACCGGAAUCGUCUCAUUUCCUGAAUUCAAAAUUCCUCCAUAUCCUAAGUAAAUCUUAUUGACAUUUUCAAUACAAUACCUUGAAUUAAAUAUUAGCUUGCAAGCGAAAUGUACAAACACCGCAGUGAAAUGCUGUGGAAACAAAUUUGUGGGUAUGUAGAUUCCUGCAUAAAAAUAUACAUUUGCUUAAUAUGCAUCUGCAUAGAGGGACG